AUGAAGGCAAAUCUUCUUUCCCUUCUCUGCCUCUUGGGCGCUGGCGCUGUCUCCGCUGACACAGACAUCUACGUCUCGCCCUCGGGUUCCGACUCGGGCAGCGGUAGCCAGUCCAACCUUUGCAAGUCUCUGACAAAGGUCCAGCAAGCCGUUCGGUCUGCUCUUAGGUCUUCUUCACCUGAAGCCAUUACGGUCCACCUGGGCAGCGGUACACACACUCUGACCAAGCCGCUGGUUCUGACAUCAGAUGACACUGGUUCCAGUGACACUCCCGUUGUCUGGACUUCGAGUGCCAAUUCAACCAUCUCUGGUGGUCUCAAGAUCACUGGAUGGAAGCUUGGCAGUGAUGGUUUAUACUCCGCAUCAGUCCCACCCAACACGUAUUCGCGCAAUCUGUACUCCGUCCGCAACAUCAGCAAGGCCGAAGUGCGCUUCAUCAAUUCCUUCACCAACCGCAUUGCGCCCAUUGUCUCACUCACCGGUAGUCAGCUCACUUUCAACGGGACGAGCUGGAACAACAACAUCCAAGGCUAUGACACGAACGCCUAUGAUCUCUUCACCGAUGGUGGUCAGUUCUUCCUUAACACUGACGCAAACACGGUCCACUACAAGCCCUUGGAUGGCCAAGACAUGAGCCAAGUCGAGGCGUAUCUUGGCAUUCAAGAGGCGCUCGUUGUCGUUAGUGGUACUUAUGAUGAUCCCGCUCAUGACAUCACGUUCUCUGGCGUUAACUUUGCUCACACCACUUGGCUGCGACCCGGCCAGGGCUACGGCUAUGCCGAUCAGCCGACUGGAGGAUACAUGCCCGCCAUCAAGAACUACACCGACUUCGAGGCUUCACGGGGCGAAAAUAUUCAAUUCGCAAAUGGAACCUUCUGGCAGCUUGGCGCUGGCAGCGUUGGCAUUGGUGGUGAUCCUGACGCUCAUAUCACGGGCACUGGCUACGGUAUAAGCAAGGUUUCCGUCACAGGUUGCUACUUCACCCAAGUCAUGGGCAACUCUAUCACCGCAGGCGGCACCAACCCUAAUGCUCACCGUCCCAAAGACACACGGAUGAUCAACACAAGAAUUUCCAUCCAGGAGAACAUCUUCUACAACACCUCAUCCCUCUAUCCUUCCACCGUACUCAUCUUUGCAUCUUACGUUCAGUACUCAGACUUUACCAACAACGACAUCAGCCAGGUACCCUACUCGGGCUUCUGUAUCGGCUACGGCUGGGGUCUCGUUGACGCCGGUGGCAGCCCCUUGUACCAGCAACGCGGGACCUACAAGUACUGGCCAGUUUAUGAUACCCCUACUACCUCCCUGAAUAACGUGGCUCACGGUAAUCUGAUCCAGAACUUUGGAAACGUCUUGACUGACUUGGGCGACGAAGGCAACAACUCGCAUUUGUUCCAGAGAAACAACCAGUUCGGCGUUUCUUGGCUUCACGCUAAGGAAGGAGGUAUUUUUACAACUGGCAACAACACCUUCCAGGAUAACAUCCGCUACAACGGUGUAGACGUCGUCGUCGACUACGCCAAUGGAACAGCCCUUCUUGGUCAUACCUACCAACGAAACUACUGGGUGAGGAACCUAAAUCAGACAACUGUCCUGUCUGCAAAGGUUGGCUGGCGUGCCGGCUUCCCCCCUGCCAAGCGCGCCGGACGUCCCGUUGCCAACCUCAACAACAACCCAGAUGCGGCUGUUGAACUAGAGUUUCCGUCCUCUGGCAACGGAGCUGCCGUUCUCAGGGUUAUUAAUUUCGAUGAUGUUGACUACACUAGCAUCAAAAUUUCCGCCUCCAUCUCGCCAUCUACCAACUUUACGCUAUCAACUGUUUCUGUCCCAAGUUCCAUCCCGGCCAACUUAUUUGCCCUCGCAAAGUACAAAGUCACCGGGUCUCCUUGCACACCUCCCAACUUCCAGGGCACCGUCACGUAUACAAACACGCGGACUUCGACGACCAAGACCCUGACCAUUAGCGGUGUAAUCGUUGGCCUUGGUGUUCUCGCCAGCAAGUACAGCACCGCUUCCACUACCUACGCCACCUUUGGCCAGACCUGCAAGAACCUGGGCAUCAGGUCUUCGAAUCGUGAUUCUUGGAAUCCCAACGAUGAUUGGAGUGUCAUCAAGACGGACUAG